AUGAAUUGGCUCGGGAAGUUAGAGAGCCCUUCUAAAACAGGUUUUACGGUACUUCAUAAUUCCAUAAGCUUGAAAACAGUAUCUUCAGCCCAAUCUGUUAAAAAUUUCCAAUAUAUAAAUAACUUAGAAAAAAUUUCAACAGCAACCACCAGUGUUUUCUUAAAACCCACAGUUAAUCCGCUUUUCGGGUACUAG